CCCAACUACAGCCUGCGCCACCGCCGCCGCCGCCUCAAAAUUCAAUAAAAUGAGCUCUUAUUUCGUCAACUCACUGUUCUCCAAAUACAAAACCGGGGAGUCCCUGCGCCCCAAUUAUUAUGACUGCGGCUUCGCCCAGGACCUGGGCGGCCGACCCACCGUGGUGUACGGUCCCAGCAGCGGCGGCAGCUUCCAGCACCCUUCGCAAAUCCAGGAGUUCUACCACGGGCCAUCGUCGCUGUCCACGGCUCCCUACCAGCAGAACCCGUGCGCAGUGGCGUGCCACGGGGACCCCGGCAACUUCUACGGCUACGACCCUCUGCAGCGCCAGAGCCUGUUCGGUGCGCAGGAUCCAGACCUGGUACAGUACGCAGACUGCAAGCUCGCGGCAGCCAGCGGCCUGGGCGAGGAGGCCGAGGGGUCUGAGCAGAGCCCGUCGCCCACACAGCUCUUUCCCUGGAUGCGUCCUCAAGCAGCCGCCGGACGCAGGCGAGGCCGCCAGACCUACAGCCGCUACCAGACCCUGGAGCUGGAGAAGGAGUUCCUAUUUAAUCCCUAUCUGACUCGCAAGCGGAGGAUCGAGGUAUCGCACGCGCUGGGACUGACAGAGAGACAGGUCAAAAUCUGGUUCCAGAAUCGGAGAAUGAAGUGGAAAAAGGAGAACAACAAAGACAAGUUCCCCAGCAGUAAAUGCGAGCAGGAGGAGCUGGAGAAAGAGAAGCUGGAGCGGGCGCCGGAGACCGCCGCCGAGCAGGGCGAUGCGCAGAAGGGUGACAAGAAGUAGGCUCCAGCUGGGACUGCCUGGGCCCCGGACUAGCCCGCUCGUCCGCCGGUCCCUCCUGCGACCACGCCGCCGCCGCUGCCGCCGCCGCCGCCGCCCGCCCCCCGCCUCCGAGAGCUCCGGCCCCGCGAGCGGAGCCAGGAGCUGGGCCUCCCACCGCAGCGUCCCCCGCCGCGCCAGUCCCCGCUAGUGGUAGUAUCUCGUAAUAGCUUCUGUGUGUGAGCUACCGUGGAUCUCCUUCCCUUCUCUUGGGGGUCCGAGGGGAAAAAUAAGAAAAGGAUUUUAAGCAAGGACUCCCUCGUCCUGCGAGGGUGAUCGACUGCGGCCUGGCAGAAUCCCCUCGCCCCCUCCCCAUGUAAAAAAGCCUCCUUGUGCAAUGGUCUUUUUCCUUUGAACGUGCUUCUUUGUAAUGACCGAGGUACCGAUUUCUGCUAAGUUUUCCCAACAACAUGAAACUGCCUAUUCACGCCGUAAUUCUAUCUGUCUCCCUCUCACUUUCUCUCUUUCUCUCUCUCUCUUUCUCUCACCGCGUCCUCAUCUUUCCUCGCAACUCCCCUCUCCCCGCUGCCCUCCCUAGCUGGCUUUCUCUCUUGCUUCUCUCUUUUCCUCCUGUCCCCCCCCCCACCCCCUUUGGUUUGACAAUUUUGUCUUAAGUGUUUCUCAAAAGAGAUUACUUUAGUUAGCAUGCGCGCUGUGAGCAAUUGUUAAAAAGUGUU